AAGAUUUGUACUAAUUCCCAAUCCAGCACCAGGCUGCAGAAAACACUGCAGAAACAUUACAUUACGUAUUGACUCCUACCACCAUGAGCAUUGGUUUCAAUCCUUCUGUUUGAGAAGCAAUCUACUGGCUAGGAUGUUAUCACUAAUGAUAAUCUCCCAGAAGACAAGCUGAGCUCUGGCAAGAAAGUCCCUUGAGAGAACCCUCUUGCUGCUGGCUUGAAGAUGGAAUUCCAAAUUGAACAUGAAUGGAACAGUUCUCCAAUAACACAUGAUCCUGUGAAAAUCUGCCUAAAGCCAGCCCUUGAAGGGCUGCAUUUGGAUGUAUGUGCUCCUUUUUUCAAUGAUCCCUCAGCUCCACCUGGCCCCGCUGGGGAAGCUUUCCCUGGACUUUGGGACUAUGAAGUGGUAGAAGCAUUUUUUUUAAAUGGCGAGACAGAACAGUAUCUAGAAGUUGAGCUUUGUCCGCAUGGGCACCAUUUGGUGUUGCUACUUUCGCAACGCAGAAAUAUUUGGAAGGAUUGUCUACCAUUGUCUCUGAAAGUGUCCAGGACAGACACAAGAUGGAAAGGCACUGCAGUUCUCCCUUGGGAUUAUUUCCCUCCUUCAGUAGACAAAUUCAAUGCUUAUGCAAUCCAUGGCUCACAGUCAGAGAGAACAUAUGAAGCACUUUAUCCUGUUCCAGAAAAUGAAGUGCAAGCCAGACAGCAGCCUGAUUUUCACCGCUUGGAGUACUUCAGGCCUUUUAACUUCAGUGCAUUGAUGGGUGGAAAAUGGAAACAGCCUCUCUCCAGCCUGUGGAAAAUUUAACUUGUUUUAAGCUCUGCAUUUAUGCUUUAAAUGUCUUCUAAUUAUUUUAAUCAGCUCCUUUUUCAGAAUGAGCGCAGAAAAUCACACUAGAGCGUAUCACAGAUUUCUUUCUUUCUCUUUUUAAUACAAUCGGUGCGAGCUUUAUAGUAAAAUCUUCCAGCUGUAGAAACACAGCCACACCAAUUUAUAACCUUAUUUCAUAUAUAUUUGUUUUUUAAUUACCCUCUCUGAUCAUGUUUACUGAGCAGAAACCUUAAAUCUUCAUAUUAUUGGUUGGUAGUAUGGUAUCGUAAUCAAAUAAUUAUUUGACUUUGUGCUGACCCGUGACCGGACGGUAAAGGCAUUAAAUAAUGCAUGUGCAAAACGAAGAUCAUAGCCAUAAGUAUCAAAGUGCUGUUUUACUAUACCUACCUACCUACAAUGUCUGUACCUGAUGAGCAUCGAUGGAGGACUCAUUCUUUCCAAAAAGGCUCACUUGUCACUUACGCAAAAAGAAGUCAUGCAGGUAAAAUCUUGUCAAAGCAAAAAUCAAAAAUAAAGUUAAAUAUUUUAGGGGAUACAAAGCAUGUGUUACAUCCACCUAGUGAUGUAUUGCAUUAAAGUGUUUUUAUUUUAA